AUGGGUAAGAAGCGGGUUCUGUGCUCUUAUGGCGUUGACAUCGAUGCCGUUGCUGGCUGGCUCGGAUCAUAUGGUGGCGAAGAUUCCACCAGCGAUAUAAGUCGAGGCCUUUGGGCUGGCACUGAAGGAGUACGACGAUUAUUAAAGCUCUUUGCAAAAUACAACAUCACAGCGACAUGGUUUAUUCCGGGCCACUCGCUGGAAACAUUUCCCGAAGAAUGUGCGAUGAUCAGGGAUACGGGUCACGAGAUAGGUCUUCAUGGAUAUUCCCACGAGAAUCCUGCCGAUAUGACGCUUGAGCAACAGCGAGAUGUCCUCGACAAAACCUACAAAUUACUUACAGAAUUUUGCGGAAAGCCACCUAGGGGAAGUGUAGCCCCGUGGUGGGAAACAAGCAAGGAAGGAACAGAACUCCUUUUGAGCUAUGGCAUUGAGUAUGACCACUCAAUGAGUCACGAAGACCACAAGAUGUAUUGGUUACGGACAGGCGACACCUGGACCAAGAUUGAUUACUCGAAAAAAGCCGAACAAUGGAUGAAACCAUUGGUCAAAGGAACGCCAACUGGCUUGGUGGAGAUUCCAGGAAGCUGGUACAUUGAUGAUUUACCACCAAUGAUGUUCAUCAAGAGCGCCCCAAACAGCCACGGCUGGGUAAACCCUCGCGACGUUGAAGCUAUUUGGAAGGACCACUUUGACUACUUCUAUCGCGAGUAUGAUGAAUUCAUCUUCCCCAUGACCAUUCAUCCCGAUGUGUCUGGCCGACCGCACGUUAUUUUGAUGCAUGAAAGGAUCAUUGAAUACAUAAAUCAGCAUGAAGGUGUUGAAUGGGUUACGAUGGAACAAAUGUGUGAUGAUUUCAAGGCCAAAAAUGUCCCGCCC